AUCACUGUCCGGAAUUUCCUUUAUUCUUCAGAUAGGGAACUGGAUAUCAUGGCUGAGAUGUGUCUUUGGUGUUCUGUAACCUUUCCCAUUGACAUUGUAAGGUUACGACUGUUUUCAUCUUUAACGUGUCUGUUGUAAGCGGCGUGGGGCUUUUUAUCUGGUCCAGUCCAGUCUUUUGUCAGCUUGGAUUCAUCUGAACACUACCUCAUUGUCAGCCAUAAGAGUCGGCCUUCUGAAACAAUGUCCAGGUCAGGAGAUAUACCAGCCCUGGAGUCUGGGACCUCAGAGGGGCUCCUGGGAGGCAUGUCCCUACCUGUUGGCAUGACCCGCCGUGCCAUGAACUAUGAUGACAACAUGGAGGCGCCCAUGUCCCCGCCUCCCUCUGAUAUCAACAUCAACAACCUGUGGGCGAAGAGGCCCGUCGUCCCACCCAGGAGGUUCCGUCAUCAGGCUGAGGAGGAUGAAUCUGGAAUUACCCUAACCCACGCUGCGACUUUUGACCCUGGCCACAGGCCAAAUAUGCCUGUCGUGGUGAAGGCCAAAGCCUCCUCCAUCAUCAUCAACUCUCUGAUGACCAAGCAAACCCAGGACAGCAUGUACAGGUUUGAGCAGCAGGCUGGGCUGAGAGACACUGGGUACACCCCCCAUAAGGGCCUCACUGCUGAGGAGACCCGCCACCACCACCGCAUGCCUGAGUCAUUCCAAAAAAUGAACAUUCCAACUGUGGAUAUGGGAGCGGGACAUAAGGGAGGACAUGAGGACAAGCAAACAUCAUCUGCUCAGUCCACCCCUAAUACCACUCCUCAGAGCUCACCUAAACAGAACCGCAGGGGCUGGUUGUCCAGCCAGAGCUCGACAGCAUCUGUCAGCAGCUCAGACCUCAGUACCAGCUCUAACACCAGUGUGGACAUGGGUGCUGCUGAGGGGGGAGGAGCAGUCGAACGCUGGGGUAUCUUUGGACCACGUCCGGUUGUUCAGAAAUCCACUACCGACCCAGGGGGUUUUGCUCUCCAGUCGUACCGCGGGGCCCAGAAGCCCACCCCCAUGGAGGUGAUGAAGGCUCAGGCCACUCGGCUGGCUCAUGACCCUGCUGUUAACCAACAGGCCCCUCCCAAGAUGGAGAUCCCCACCACGGAGAGCCGUAAAUCGCCAGCACGGCCGCAAAAGCUCAAACCUCGAGACAUAAAUAUCCUCACGCCCUCAGGUUUCUGAGCUGUACCAUGGUGUCACUACUCCUUCAUUUUGUAGCUGGUCUACCAUCUAGUCCAAGGCUCUCCAACUCUGUUCCUGGAGAGCUACCCUCCUGUAGGUUUCCACUCCAACUCUGUUCCUGGAGAGCUACCCUCCUGUAGGUUUUCACUCCAACCUGAUUCAGCUUAACAACCAGCUAAUUAUUGGAAUCAGGACAGUCUAGGACAGUCUAUUCUAGUCUAUUCUCUCCCCACUUCUAUUAUUUAACACCCUUGUUUUGCCUCAGCCUUUUGCCUUGUAAUAGAACCGUGUAUAUUUACUUAGUAUGUAUGGUCCGACUGUGAAGAUGUUCUGAUGCAUGGUGUUGCAAAGUGUAACUCUCUGACUGUUUUGACAAAGACUAAAAGUCACACUGUGUUCAUGGUUUGGUCAUUCAGUUGGCGUGUGAAUCUCAUUCAGAAGUACACUAUAACUAGAUUUUCAUGGUCUGCAGAUUCUGUAAGAUGUAAUGAUUCACAUUAUGUCUCCAAGAACAUUAUGGUGAUUAUUGUUCACCCUCAAGGAAGUGUUUUUUUAUUUCUUUUGUGUAUCCGCAUUCCUGCUGUCAAGUCGACCGCUUUGAAGUUGAAACACUGUCAGUAAAACCCUGCAACAGAAUGUUAAUAACAUGUUGCAUAUUAAUCA